AAUAAAAUACAACAAAACAAAUAGUCUCUCUCUCCUCUCUCUCUAUCUGCCAUACCUCACUCAUUCCCCACUUGUGUUUUAUAUCAUUUCCACACUCAAUUUGGUAAUUUUGAUCCCAUUUUCAGCUCAAGAAGAAAGCUAAUAAGCAGCAGCCUUUCUUUUCUCUUUUCGAAGGAAACGUUAAACAUUGGUUACGAGUAGGAUUUGCGAUUUGGGUUUUUUUUCAUAUUGGUGGGAAUGUAAAUGGGUUCUCUUAGUCUGGUGUUGCCGAUUAAAAGAGACCCAUCAUUUAAAGUUUCACCAAGAAAUGAAAAGAAUAACAACAAUUCGUAUGUGCAAAGACCCAGAUCAAGAUUUGGGAGGUUUAUGGUAUUCAAGAAGAUAGAUUACUUGCAAUGGAUUUCUGCAAUUGCUGUGUUCAUCUUCUUUAUGUUUUUGUUCCAAUUGUUCUUGCCUCUUUCCAUGGUGGAAAAAACUGAUGGGGAUUUCUUGAAAGGAAGGGAGGAGGAUGAUGGUUCUGGUGGGAAUUUGAAGAAUUUGUUGAAAGAAAUUGGUGGUUUGGAUUUUGGUGAAGAUGUUAAGUUUGUGCCCACCAAGUUUUUGAUUAAAUUCCAAAGAGAAAAAGGAGUUGUUAAUAAUGUUACUUUUGAUGGUUCAAGAACAGUAAUGAGAUUUGGGAAUAGAAAGCCUCAGCUUGCUUUGGUUUUUGCAGAUUUGUUGGUUGAUCCACAGCAGAUAAUGAUGGUCACAGUUGCAGUUGCUUUGAGGGCAGUUGGCUAUGAAUUGGAGAUUUACUCACUUGAGGAUGGGCCUGUGCGUGAUAUUUGGAAAACUAUUGGAGUUCCUGUCAACAUUGUGGAUGCCAACGAUAAAAUGGGCAAUAUGAUCGACUGGUUAAACUAUGACGGCAUACUCGUGAACUCUCUUGCAGCAAAGGAUAUCAUUUCAUGCCUUUCGCAGGAACCUUUUAAAUCCGUGCCUCUUAUAUGGGCUGUCCAUGAAAAAGCUCUCGCUACUCGUGCCACAAGAUACAUCUGGGGUGGCCAAGUUGAGCUAAUUGAUGAGUGGAAAACAAUCUUUAAUCGAGCAACCGUUGUUGUCUUUCCAAACUACGCCUUACCGAUGUUUUAUGCUGCAUUUGAUGCUGGAAACUACUUUGUGGUACCGGGAUCUACUUCUGGAGCUUGCAAAAUUGAUAACUCGACUAUCAUUUAUGAAGAAAAUUUGCGUGAAAAUAUGAACAUCUCGAAUGACGAGUUUGUUGUUGCGAUUGUGGGUAGUGAGUUUUUAUACAACGGAAUAUGGUUGGAGCAUGCUCUUGUUUUACAGGCGUUAUUGCCACUUUUGACCAAGUUUCGUGUUGGUGAUAGUUUAAGUCCUCAUCUCAAGAUCGUAAUCUUGAGUCGAGAUUUAACGGGUAAUUACAGUGCGGCCAUGGAGGAAAUUGCUUCAAACCUUAAUUACCCAAGGGGUACUGUGAAUCAUGCUUCCAUUGAUGAAGACGAUGGCAUUCUGGGAAUAACGGAUCUUGUAAUAUACGGGUCAUUCCUCGAAGAACAAUCUUUUCCCGACAUUCUGAUAAGGGCGAUGUGCCUAGAGAAACCAAUAAUAUCCCCUGAUCUAUCGAUAAUCAAGAAAUACGUUGAUGACGGGGUGAACGGCCUUCUUUUUCCGAAGGAAAAGAUGGAGGCUUUAACGGAAAUAAUGCUGCAAGUGGUGUCUGAUGGAAAGCUAUCAACUUCAGCUCAGAAUAUUGCAAAAAAGGGCAAAAAUAGUGCUAAAAACAUGAUGGCACUGGAAUCGGUUGAAGGGUAUGUUUCAUUGAUAGAAAACAUCUUGAACCUUCCUUCGGAAGUUGCAUCUCCAAAGGCAGUAUCGGAAAUUCCUUCUAACAUCAAAACAGAGUGGCAAUGGCAUCUUUUUGAAGCUAUUACAGAUCGUAAAUAUGUAAAUAGAACUUCAAGGGUUCAAGAUUUCUUGAACAAAGUUGAGAAUCGAUGGAACCGUACUUUAAAAGAAGAAAGCUCGGGGACUAUUCCUGCCAACGAUACCUUUGUGUACAGUUUAUGGGAAGAAGAAAAAAGAAACCAGAUUAUGAAAGCCAAAAAGACAAGAGAAGACGAUGAGUUGAGGGAUAGAAGUGAUCAAUCGAGGGGAACAUGGGAGGAAGUAUAUAAAAAUGCGAAAAAAGCCGACCGGAACAAGAAUGAUUUGCAUGAGAGGGAUGAUGGGGAACUCGAAAGGACGGGUCAACCAUUAUGCAUCUAUGAACCGUACUUUGGUCAAGGAUCUUGGCCUUUUCUACAUCGUAAUUCACUUUAUCGUGGUAUUGGACUUUCCACGAAAGGUCGAAGAUCGAGAAGAGAUGACAUUGAUGCUCCUUCUCGUCUUCCUCUUCUCAACACGCCUUACUAUCGGGAUACCCUUGGUGAUUUUGGAGCGUUUCUAGCUGUUGCUAAUCGUGUUGAUCGGAUACACAAGAACGCUUGGAUCGGGUUUUUGUCGUGGCGAGCUACAGCUAGGAAGGAAUCUUUAUCGCAAAAUGCCGAGAUUGCUUUAUUAGAAGACAUUGAAGCUCAGAAACACGGUGAUGCCGUCUAUUUUUGGGUUCGUAUGGAUAAAGAUCCAAGAAACCCGACCCGACAGGGUUUCUGGUCGUUUUGUGAUGCUAUAAAUGCCGGUAAUUGCAAGUUUGCAUUCUCGGAAGCUCUCAAGAAAAUGUACGGGAUAAAAGGUAACUCGACCGUUCUCCCUCCAAUGCCCGUAGAUGGAGACACAUGGUCGGUCAUGCAUAGCUGGGCUAUGCCAACGAAAUCCUUCCUCGAGUUUGUGAUGUUCUCAAGGAUGUUUGUGGACGCGUUGGAUGCACAAGUUUAUGACGAGCAUCAUCGAAGUGGUCUGUGCUACCUAAGUUUGUCUAAGGACAAGCAUUGCUACUCGCGGAUUCUCGAGAUUCUUGUAAACGUGUGGGCAUACCAUAGCGCGAGAAGAAUCGUGUACAUAAAUCCAAACACGGGAACGAUGCAAGAACAGCACACGUUGAAGAAACGAAAAGGCAAAAUGUGGGUAAAAUGGUUCGAUUACAACACCCUGAAGGCAAUGGACGAAGAUCUGGCAGAAGAGGCGGACUCGGAGGCGGUGGGAAGGCGGUGGUUAUGGCCGUCAACCGGAGAGGUGUUCUGGCAAGGGAUCUACGAGAAAGAAAGGAUUCAAUGGCGAAAAGAACGAGAAACGAAGAAGCAAAAAACACGAGCCAAGAUUCUGAGGAUCAAGAACCGGACUCACCAGAAAGUGAUCGGAAAGUACGUGAAACCACCGCCGGAAAAUGCGACAGUGGCGGUGGCAAGGGUUUACCGGUGACCCUUGAUAUAGGUAGUGUAUUAGUUGUAGUUUGAUUUCUUCAAUUUUUUUUGUGAAAAAUUCACUUGUUUUUGGUGGAUAAAAGAUGAGAUGCAUAGAGGGUUUUUUGUAUGUAAUGGCAUCUUUUUGAUGAUUGAUGGUUUGCUGAUGCUAAUUUCACCAAA